AUUCCCAGCAGGGCGGAAGCGCCAGAAUUCCAGGCAGAGCCCAGCGACUGGCGGGCAGCCGCUGGGGUCCCCUGAGGCUUUGGGGGCUAUGGCCGGGGUCGCGUGUUUGGGGAAAGCUACGGAUGCCGAUGAAUGGUGCGACAGCGGCCUGGGCUCUCUGGGUCCGGACGCGGCGGCCCCUGGAGGACCUGGGCUAGGCGCGGAGCUGGGCCCGGGGCUGUCGUGGGCGCCCCUCGUUUUCGGCUACGUCACUGAGGAUGGCGACACGGCGCUGCACUUGGCGGUGAUUCAUCAGCACGAGCCCUUCCUGGACUUCCUCCUAGGCUUUGCGGCUGGUACCGAGUACCUGGACCUGCAGAAUGACUUGGGCCAGACAGCCCUGCACCUGGCCGCCAUCCUGGAGGAGGCGUCCGCGGUAGAGAAGUUGUACGCAGCAGGCGCCAGUUUGCUGGUGGCGGAGCGUGGAGGCCACACGGCGCUGCACCUGGCCUGCCGUGUGGGAGCCCACGCCUGCGCUCGCGUGCUGCUCCAGCCUCGCCCCCAGCGCCCCAGGGGAGCCCCCAAAACCUACCUCGCUCAGGGCUCUGACCAUACCCCUGACACCGACCACACCCCUAUUGCCCUGUACUCCGAUCCUGACGUGGAGAAAGAAGAGGAUGAGAGUGAAGAGGACUGGACACUGCAGCUGGAGGCUGAAAACUAUGAGGGCCACACCCCACUCCACGUGGCUGUCAUCCACAAAGAUGCAGAGAUGGUCCGACUGCUCCAGGAGGCGGGAGCUGACCUCAACAAACCCGAGCCCACCUGCGGCCGGAGCCCCCUGCACUUGGCCGUGGAGGCCCAAGCAGCCGAUGUACUGGAGCUUCUCCUGAAGGCCGGUGCUGACCCCGCCGUCCGCAUGUACGGCGGCCGCACCCCACUCGGCAGUGCCACGCUCCGGCCCAACGCCAUCCUCGCCCGCCUCCUCCGUGCCCAUGGAGCCCCCGAGCCUGAGGACGAGGACAAGCCUGGCCCCUGCAGCAGCAGCAGCAGUAGCGACAGCGAGAGCGGGGAUGAGGGCGAUGAAUACGACGACAUCGUAGUCCACAGUGGCCGGAGCCCCAACCAGCUACCUCCCACCCCAGCGUCAAAACCGCUCCCUGAUGACCCCAUCUGACUUAACUGUUAAUAGUUUCCAAUUUAAUAAAAUGCCGGUUCGGACAA